AUGGUGACGUGCAUGCCAUGGAACAUGCCAGAAAUGGUACAGCAGGUGAAGCUGCUCUUCUGGCGUCCGAGCAUUCCGCAGGUGCCCGUGGUGCCCGUGAAGAAGAUUCACCACCCUCGCUUCGAGGGCGGUUACAAUCCAGAGCUGGAUACCUAUGAUGUCAGAACAGCUCCCAAGUUAGAUGUCGUGCCAGAAGAGGUGCUUCGCUGCAAGCGGCGGCAGAUCAUUGCGCUGCUGGGUCGAGUGGAGGCCGGAGGUGACCAGAAAAUGCUGGACCACUACCUCAAAGUGGCCGACGAGCAUUAUGCAGAGCUUCAGGCGUUUGAAGCGGAGUUUGCAAACGAUCGCAAGCAGUGGGUGUUCGCUGACUUCAACAGUUGCGGCACGGAGACGUCCACCACGUGUUCCGAGACGGAGGAGGUGGCAUCUUCCCAGUUCCUGGAUGUCUCCAGGCCGCGCUCUGAAAUCGAGGAAGAGUGGACUCUAGUGGACUGA